AUGGUGGAGAGCGUCGAUGUCAAGCUUCUGGUUGCACAAAAGGGGCACAGGGAAACACUAGGUUCUGCAAAGCACCAUGUGUGGGAAAAUGCUGUACAGCACCAGGGUGCACCAAAGGUGCUGGGGGACCACGCCACUUUGCAAAGGCCAUGGUGGAGGAAAAUUCUGUGCAUACCAGGGUGGUGGAAUUUGAAGAGAUGCUCUUGGGGCCAUCCUGGGCCAGAACAUAGCAAUCAACAUUCAUUGACAAGGGGGAAGACAGGUCCGUGUGCACUUCAUAGUGGGCUAGUGCUAGAUAAGAGAGUUCAUGGAGGCGUAUCCUCGGGACCAGCUAUUCAGGAUAUUUAUGGUAGGAAACUGGAUGUACUGAAGCAGAUAGUCAUUAACCAAUAUAUGAUGGAUGUGGAUAUGAUCCAAAUCAGUAACCCACAGACAGCUGGUGCGAUGACCUGUUCUGAUGCUAAACUAAACGAAGUUGCAAGUACUCAUCUCCCAGCAGGGGAAGAUGGUCAUACACCAAUGUUGGUAGCUGUUCCUGAAGGCAGGGUGCAUGGUGGGAGUCUGAUGGCAAUGCUGAAGGGGAAUUCUGGCCUUGGUACAAGCGUUGGGAGGGGUUUAUUGUGUGAUUCAUCACUGACAAGUAAAGCUUGCAUCGUUAGUAUGUUAUUACAUAGACGGCUCCAUGAAGAGAAAUUUUACCCUUCAUUUGGUGAUGAUAUCACUAAUACUAUGAUGUCAAUAGCAUCAUAA